AUGACUGAUGGGGACUAUGACUAUCUGAUCAAACUCCUAGCCCUGGGGGAUUCUGGGGUUGGGAAGACAACAUUCCUUUACAGAUACACAGACAACAAAUUCAACCCAAAAUUCAUCACAACAGUAGGAAUAGACUUUCGGGAAAAACGUGUGAUAUACAAUAGCAGAGGACCAAAUGGAUCUCCAGGAAAAACCUUUAAGGUCCAUCUACAGCUUUGGGACACUGCUGGGCAGGAAAGAUUUCGAAGUCUCACUACAGCAUUUUUCAGAGAUGCCAUGGGCUUUUUAUUAAUGUUUGAUCUCACCAGUCAACAGAGCUUCUUAAAUGUCAGAAACUGGAUGAGUCAACUGCAAGCCAAUGCAUAUUGUGAGAAUCCCGAUAUAGUAUUACUUGGUAACAAGGCUGACUUAUCAGAUCAGAGGGAAGUCAAUGAGAGACAAGCACGAGACCUUGCAGAUAAAUAUGGCAUACCAUACUUUGAAACAAGUGCAGCCACUGGGCAAAAUGUGGAUAAAGCUGUGGAAAUGCUCCUGGACUUGAUAAUGAAGCGCAUGGAACAAUGUGUUGACAAGACACAAGUAUCUGACACAGCCAAUGGAGGAAGCUCGGGGAAGCUAGAUUCAGCAAAGCCAGAGGAGAAAAAGUGUGCCUGCUAG